GCCCAUUCAACUCUACAAUCUCAGCACCACUCAUUUGACAAAGAUUUGAGUGCCUACCACAUAAUAUGACUUUUAUCACUGAGGAUGGUAAAUGUUGAAGACACUAUCACUAGUAAACUGGAUGGUCAGACUUCAAGCUAAGUGCUUUAUUAACUUCAUUUUGAAAUAAAAUAUCCAGAAUUAUUUUCUGACUCAGGAAAUAUGCUAAAAUGCUUUCCUCCUUUAAAUAUCUCUUUUAUCUAGUUCACUUUUAAUUACACAGCAGAGAUCAACUUCGGGUCACUUCCUCAAAAGAGGUUCUUCUAACCGCCCCCCAUCCUAUACUCUGCUACACAGUAUUUUUACAUACUGAAUUUCUUGUGUAUACUUACACAAAUUAUCAUUAAAUAUAAUUCAUAAAUGACUGAAAUUUGUAUAAUUCUGUCUCUAUCUCUAGACUAUAAUCUUCAUGAGGAAGAAGGGUCAUGUCUGAGUCAUUCAGAUUAAUAUCCCCUGAACUGUGGUGUAUGCAGUAAAUUCUCAAAGAAUAGUUGUAGAAAAACAUUAAAUAACAAAUGAGUAAAUAGCACUGAACACAACGGAAUCUCCAAUGUCAUCAAGUCACGUUUUGUUUUUUCUCUUAGGAUCUGGCUGCUGUUCUUGCCGAGAAAAGUGGAUUGGCUACCAAUGCAGCUGUUACUUCAUUUCUAGUGAAUUAAAAACAUAAAACAGUAGAAAUUUUUGUGUUUCUCAGAAUUCCAGUCUACUUCAGAUACAAGACAGAAAUGAACUGCAUUUUAUGAACUCCAUGUCCUAUUCUUACUGGAUUGGACUCUCUUACAGUGAAGAACAUCAUGCCUGGUUGUGGGAGGAUAAUUCUACUGUCUCCCAAGAUCUGUAAGUUUCUGGCACUCAAAACCUUUUUCUGUUCUUUUUGAGUUUAUCCUUAGAUCUGAUCAGAGAACGUAACAUCCAGGAACACUGUAGGUAAGAUAUCCUGUU